CUUUAGUUCGAUUGGUUCGUCGCAAGGGUCGGUUGUGCGCGCUCGGUACGCUGUUCGCCUGUGCUUCAUUCAAAAGCUUUCAUAGUUUUGGUCAUCACUCGCCAUUUGUACAUAGAUAUUUUAAUUCACAACAAUUCACGAUUACCAGUUUUGAGCGAUUUAUUUAAAAAGAUAAUGUAAAUAAAUGGAGAAAUACCUUAAUGUGAUGAUGUGGGUGGUUACGUGACUACAUAUGAAAUGAUGCACUUGAAUAUUUAGCUAUGAAAAACUACUGAGCUUUGUAAUUGAAUCGUGAAACUACUAAGUUUUAACUGUAAAUAAAAUUGAAAUCGCUCUCGGAGUAAAGAUUUGCAUCAAAACCAAAUAUAAAUAUGUAUGCCGACAACACUGCCGCGAAAAUGCAAAUUUCAGCUUUGGGAACAGAGGAAAUUCAACAUCUCGAUCUAGUGGAUUUCCUCACAUCCAUAUGAAUGUAUGUUGAUGCAUACCUAUUCGCACACACAAUGCCAACCAGCGUCAGAUAAUAAACGCAGAUAGGGAGUAGAUAAAAAGUAAGGUCGCGUGUGAAAGCGUAUAAAGACAACCUCAAGCUGUAAAGAGCCGCAAAAUGUUGCUAUUUUCUCUGCUAAAGCAAUAUAAUUAAACAGAUUAGAAAGAAAUCUCAUUAAAGCAUAAUAGAAUAAAAUAAUUACAACACAGUUUGACCGAGGAAUCGCUUGAAAAUGCCUAUAUUGGCGGCGAAAAUUUCACAAGCCACAGCCUCAGCUGCCAUUAUGGCAACGCCAACAACGACAACGAAUUCCAUUGGCAGCAGCCAGGGCAAUGUAGACUCUGGCGCAACAAUAACAACAACGACGAUAACAGAUCCAACAAACACCGGUGGCGCGUUGAACCAUCAUUAUCACCAUCCGCCGGCGCCGCAUGCGGCCCCAAACACCGUAGGCAAUGUCUUGUCGUCAUCGUCGUCGAUGGCACCUGCAACAACGUCUGUAGCUGGAGUAGCAGCAGCCCCAGCAAUAGCUAUGAGCACCGUUGCAGCUAGUUUAGCCACAUUUAACGGAAAUUCAAAUUUAAAUGUUGCCAACGGAAACAUUGGCGGCAGUGGCAAUCACAGCAACAACAACAGCAAUACUAAUAGUAACAUCGCCAGCAGUGGUGGUGUUGGUGGCGGUGGCAAAAAGUCAAUGACAACACUGAAUGCAUCCCGUGAGGAUGUUGCAUCACCACCUUCAACGCAGAUUCCGUCUCUACCGUCGCUCGCACAGCUGGGCAGUGCCAUGCCAUCAACGUCAAUCAACAAUCACCAGUUGUCAGCGUCCAGCAGUCAAGGUAAUCGCAAUCAUAACAACAAUAACAGCAAUGGCACCGGCGCUAGCAGUAAUAAUAAUGGCAAUGGUAACGGCAAUGGCAACAGCAACGGCAACGGCAAUGGAAAUAUCAGCAGCAUCCUCAAAGGAAGUAAAGGUGAGUGCGAAAAGCGAAAAAAUAAAUGUAUUUGCAAAUUGCCGUAUCUAACGGAAAUCCAAUGUUGUACCACAAGUGGCAGUGGGCGUGCCAAUAUGUGUUACACAAACAACUUACUUAACACAAACAACAAACUUAAUUUUCAAUACCGGUCAGGCAGAAAGGAAGUUGAAAUACUAUGGGGCAGCGCUGGCUUGCAUCGCGCAGUGAAUAGGGGCAACCCGCAGGGAGGUGUCAUCUCACCCUUGCUCCGGGUCGUAGUGGUAAACGAUCUACUAGAGGAGCUGCAGAAAGACUGCUGUCGCAUAAUUGCCUAUGCAGACGAAGUUGCAUUUAUGUUUAAAGAACGUGAAUGUACAAAUGCGAAUGCGAAUUGCGAAGGUUUAGGAAUAUCCUUAAAAAGCCUAUAA